AUGGAGCCUUGGGGGGCUGCGGAGCUGGAGCAGACGGUGCGUUUCGGGGGGGACGGGGAGGAAGACGCCUUCGACCCCCCGCUGAUGCAGAGACGGGGCACCCCGAGCCCGGCGACCGGAAGCCCCAGGCGGGAGACCCUCCGUUGGACCGUAGUCCAGCAAAUCGACUCCCCCGGGGCGGCGGGCGGGCGGCGGGGCGGCAAAACCGGGCCGGGGGCCGGCGCCUUCUCCAACUUCAAGAGCAUCAUCGUCUUGCAGAAGAGCUACGAGUGCGGGGAGUGCGGCAAGAGCUUCAGCUGCAGCUCCCACUUCAGCAAACACCGGCGGACCCACACCGGUGAGAAACCUUUCCUCUGCCUCCACUGCGGCAAGAGCUUCAACGUCAGCUCCAACCUCUACCGGCACCAACGGGCUCACGCCGCCGAGCGGCCGGGUCCCCCGGCCCCGCCGGCGCGGCCCCGCGGGUUGCCGUACAAAUGCGAGGAGUGCGGGAAGAGCUUUCGCCGGAACAAGGAGCUGGUGACCCACCAGCGGUUGCACACCGGGCGCUUGCCCUUCCAGUGCGGUCACUGCGGCAAGAGCUUCAGUUGGAGCUCCCAUUUCGACCGGCACCAACGCGUCCACACCGGUGAGAAGCCCUACCAGUGCCCCGAAUGCGGGAAGAGUUUUAGCCGGAGCUCCCACCUCUACCGGCACCAACGCACCCACGCCGGCGGUCGCUCUUACAUCUGCACCUACUGCGGGCGUAGUUUUGGCAGCACCCUCCAUUUUGACCGGCACCAACGCACCCACACCGGCCAACGACCCUACAAGUGCACCCUGUGCCGGAAAAGUUUCGGCGACGGGCCGGCGUUGGUCAAACACCAACGCCUUCACCUGGGCGACGGUCCUUUCCGUUGCGAAGAGUGCGGUAAAGCCUUCGGCGCCCGCGCUCAGUACGCCCGGCACCGGCGUAGCCUCCACGGCGGCGGGGAGAAGCCGUACCGGUGCGGUGAUUGCGGGAAGAGUUUUUCCUGGAGCUCCCACUGGGAACGACACCAACGGAUCCACACCGGCGAGCGACCCUACCAGUGCGGGGACUGCGGCAAACGUUUCAGCCGGACCUCCCACCUCUACCGCCACCAGCGUACCCACGCCGGCGGGCAACCCCACGUCUGCGCCGAUUGCGGGAAGAGCUUCAACAGCACCCUACACUUCCAUAAGCACCAACGGGCCCACGCCGGUCCCCGGCACGCCUGCCCCGACUGCGGCAAGGCGUUCGCCGACGGGUCGGCGUUGGCUAAGCACCGACGGGCCCACGCCGGCGAGAAGCCGUUCCCUUGCCCGCAGUGCGGCCGGCGUUUCGGCGUCAGCUCCCACCUUCACCGUCACCUCCGGAGCCACGGCGAGGAGGAGCCGCCGGAGGAGCCGCCGGAUGAGCUCACGCCCCGUUAACCGGGGGGACGGGGAGAGGGGAGGCGGGGGGGGGGGGGGGGGGUGGGCCAGAGGGUUGACACCCCCCCCCCCCCAGGUGGCUCCCGUCCCCCCACCGUUGCCGCAGGGUGCUUCGGGUGGCCCCCCCACGCGCGGCGGGUGCCCCGGGGAUGGGUGCUCCCAAGGCGGUGAUGUCGUCCCCCGGCGGCACCAACCCUGGCCCCGAGGACGUAGUUUUUGUAGGGUAGAGUAGGAAGGUAGGGUAGGUAGGGGAGGAUGGAGAUGGGGCUGGUGGGGGGGGCCGAGUGGGAAUUGGGGGGGGGGGGGCAUCCCCUCCAGAAAAUCAGACCUAAUCCUGCCGACAGACAUCAGGACAUCCCAACCGUGCUCCUCCUCCAGGAGAAACCACCCCCCUGGGUGUUGCGACGGUGCUGAGCGGCUGGGGAGGCGCGGCCCGGGGGGGGGAAGGGGAUGGCCUUGGAGGUGCGGGAGAUCCCACCAGCUCCUUGCCAAACUCGGAGAGACCCCAAAAUUUCUGGGGUGGCUUCAUCCCUCGACCAUCCCGCCCUCCCCCUGCUCUCAGCCUUGACCAGCACCCGAAGCCUGAGCCCUCCCCCGCCGCGCUUGGGGCGCGAUGACGCCGUCUUCCAAACGACACCAUUUGGGGUAAAAUAACCCGAUUUUGUGGCUUUGUUGUCGAGAAAGAAGCCCGGGCGUCCGGCCCUGGUGGCUCCCAGCCCCGUGCCGCGGUUUGGCCGCCGGCGAUGCUUCGUUGAGUGGUUUAUUUAAUGUAUUUAUUAUAUUUAUUCAGCGGGAACCCACCUGCGGUUGGAGGAACCCGACGUGUUGGGGUGAGCUGGGGGCUGUUGGGGACGGGAGCUGGGACAAGGGAGGGGACGUCCCCAAGCUGGCCUGGGGAUGCUCAUGGCUCCUCUUGGGUUGCUUGAGCAGCCACCACGCAAAGGAACCGCGUGGUGGGAACCCAUCGGUGACGGGGAAGAGGUAACACCACCCAUGGUUGGAAAGAAACCCCCAGGAGAUCACGGGGAGCACGACCUGCAGGUAUUUCCCAGCGGAGAAGAGGGGACCCCGUGGGGUGAACCUCGGGGAUGGGAGCAGGACGCAAAUCUGGGGGUUUUCCUGGCGUUUUUGGGGUCGCGGCCGUGCCGGCUGCCUGGUCCGUCUCUUCCCAAGAUGAGCAGGAGCUGUGUUUGUAUUGUGAAUAAAAAUAGACUAGUGCAAAAACCA